GUCAGACUUGGCCCCUGACUCAUAGCUUGACAGUCGCUGUGCUAUACGAUUAAAAAGCUCCCAGUAAACACCACUAUCUUCAGAAAAUAAGGAAUGAGAGGCAAGGAAGAAAGGACAUUCAUUCAUCUUGGAAGAACCCAAAGCACUUUGAAAUUUAAAGGAAUGUAAUUAUAGCUGCUAAAACCACCUUUGUCACCGAAAUGGAUGAAGUACUUCAAAUUUAAAUGGUUGAUCACACUUAGAAGAGCUGCUAAGGAACACAGGAGAGGUGAAAACUAACAGAUGAAAGUUUUGCCAUGCACUGAAAGGAGAGCAUUGUCUGUGAAGUUCUAUUUUUAAAAAUGUCUGCUUGUAAUACCUUUACUGAACACGUUUGGAAACCUGGUGAAUGCAAGAACUGUUUUAAACCUAAAAGUUUACACCAGCUACCCCCAGACCCUGAGAAGGCACCCAUCACCCAUGGCAAUAAAACUAAUGCCAACCACAGUAACAACCACCGUAUCAGGAACACUGGAAACUUCCGGCCUCCUGUGGCUAAAAAACCCACUAUCGCUGUGAAGCCCACUAUGAUGGUGGCAGAUGGGCAAAGUGUGUGUGGUGAGCUUAGUAUACAAGAACACUGUGAGAAUAAACCUGUCGUCAUAGGAUGGAACCGAAACAGGAUGGCCUUGAAUCAGAAACCACUUAAUAAUAAUAAUGAAGAUGAUGUUGAAGGAUUUAGCCAUGUCCCUAAGCCUUAUGGGAAUAACGAUAGCGCAAAGAAGAUUUCAAAUAACAAUAAUGGACUAACUGAGGUGUUAAAGGAGAUAGCAGGCUUGGAUACCACCCCUCAAAUAAAAGAAAAUGAGACUAACUCCAGAGAGACAUUCUUAGGAAGAAUAAAUGAUUGCUAUAAACGAUCCCUGGAAAGAAAGCUUCCACCAAGUUGCAUGAUGGGCGGGAUGAAGGAUACUCAGGGCAAGCAUGUUAUUCUGAGUGGGAGCACAGAAGUGAUCAGUAAUGAAGGGGGUCGAUUCUGUUACCCAGAGUUUUCUAGUGGUGAAGAGAGUGAGGAAGAUGUGCUUUUGAGUAACAUGGAGGAGGAGCAUGAGAGCUGGGAUGAGAGUGAUGAAGAACUGCUGGCCAUGGAGAUUCGCAUGAGAGGGCAACCUCGUUUUGCCAACUUUCGGGCAAACACUUUGUCUCCUGUGCGAUUCUUUGUGGACAAAAAAUGGAAUACCGUCCCCCUGCGAAAUAAAUCUCUGCAGAGAAUCUGUGCUGUAGACUAUGAUGACAGUUAUGAUGAAAUCCUGAAUGGUUAUGAAGAGAAUUCUGUGGUCUCCUAUGGACCAGGAAGCACUCAGAGCAUGGUGUCAUCUGACUCCACAUCCCCAGAUUCCUCUUUAACAGAAGAAUCACGUUCUGAGACAGCCAGCAGUUUAUCCCAGAAGAUCUGUAAUGGGGGAAUUGCUCCUGGUAACCCGGGAGAUUCUAAGGACGUAAAGGAAAGUGAGCCCAAUUUUGAAAGCCUCUCUGGUAAUGAUCAGGAGAAGGAUUCCUCACAAGCCUCUAAAAGCUCAGUAAAAGUUCCAGAGACACACAAAGCAGUCCUUGCUCUCCGAUUAGAAGAGAAGGAUGGCAAGAUUGCUGUACAGACUGAGAAGCCAGAAAGUAAAGCCUCUACAGAUAUUGCUGGGCAAGCAGUAACCAUAAACCUUGUUCCUGUGGAAGAGCAAGCAAAGCCCUACCGAGUUGUGAAUCUGGAACAGCCUUUGUGCAAGCCGUAUACGGUCGUGGAUGUGUCAGCAGCCAUGGCCAGUGAGCACCUUGAGGGCCAUGCUAACAGUCCCAAGACUAAAAGUUCAUCUUCUACUCCAAACUCUCCGGUGACAUCACCUGCAUUGACAUCAGGACACAUAAGUGCCCAUUUCCAAAAAUCCAGCGCCAUCCGCUACCAGGAAGUAUGGACUUCCAGCACCAGUCCACGACAGAAGAUACCUAAGGUUGAAUUAAUCAGCAGUGGGACUGGACCGAAUGUCCCUCCAAGGAAAAUCUGUCACAAAUCAGCACCUACUUCACCCACAGCUACAAAUGUUUCCUCCAAAACCAUCCCUGUGAAGUCACCCAAUUUGUCUGAAAUAAAAUUUAACAGUUAUAACAAUGCCGGUAUGCCACCUUUUCCAAUUAUCAUUCAUGAUGAGCCAACUUAUGCUCGGAGUUCCAAAAAUGCUAUCAAAGUUCCCAUUGUAAUCAAUCCAAAUGCGUAUGACAAUCUAGCCAUUUACAAGAGUUUUCUCGGAACCAGUGGAGAACUUUCAGUGAAGGAAAAAACCACAAGUGUAAUAAGCCACACUUACGAAGAAAUAGAGACUGAAAGCAAAGCGUCUGAUAACACUACUGGCAAACCCACCGAAUGUCCCCAAGCUAAAGGGUUUUCAAACAGCACAGAGCGCAAAAGGGGCUCAGUGGCUCAGAAGGUUCAGGAGUUUAACAGCUGUCUUAAUAGAAGUCAGUCUUCACCACAGAGAAGCUACAGUUCCAACCACAGCUCCCCAACAAAGCUCCAGAGAACCACUCAAGAACCUGUGGCCAAAACAGAAAGCACUCAGGAGCUUCAGGUGGUGGGCAGUAGCAGUAGCACCCGAGAGAAAGCGAGCACCGUGCUUUCUCAGAUUGUGGCUUCUAUCCAGCCCCCGCAGUCUCCUCCAGAAAUGCCCCAGUCUGGCCCUAAAGCUUGCAGUGUGGAAGAGCUUUAUGCAGUUCCUCCUGAUGCCGGUGCUGCUAAGACUACACCCAAGGGUACACCAGUGCGCCCCAAAUCUCUCUUCAUGUCCCAGCCCAGCACCGAGGCUGAAGCACCUCAGACCACAGAAAGUCCUACCACCAAAGCACAGAAAGAUCCACUCACAAAGCCAGUCACCACCCCUCCCUCCAAAUUAGUGACGAACCCCCAAAGUGAUCCACCAGCCCCUUUUCCCCCACCACGCUCGACUUCCUCCCCUUACCACGCAAGUAACCUUUUGCAGAGGCAUUUCACCAACUGGACCAAGCCAACCAGCCCGACCAGGUCAACGGAAGCUGAAUCAGUUUUGCACUCUGAAGGCAGCAGGCGGGCAGCUGACGCAAAACCUAAACGCUGGAUCUCAUUUAAAAGUUUCUUCCGCCGUCGGAAAACAGACGAGGAAGACGACAAAGAGAAAGACCGGGAGAAAGGGAAACUGGUGGGCCUGGAUGGCACAGUCAUCCACAUGCUGCCACCUCCUCCAGUUCAGCGCCAUCACUGGUUCACAGAGGCAAAAGGAGACCCCAACGAGAAGCCAGCCAUUGUCUUCAUGUACAGGUGCGACCCUGCCCAAGGCCAGCUCAGCAUGGAUCAGAGCAAAGCCAGGGCAGAGCAGUCAGCAGUCACAGAGAAGGGUGGAGCAGAGGAGGGGUCACUACAGGACUCAGAGAAGAAGAAAAGGAGUCAUUCAUCUCCAUCACAGAUUCCUAAGAAAAUUCUCAGUCACGUGACCCACGAAGUGACAGACGAUUUUUCUCCUCGGGAUCCAAGAACUGUUGUUGUGAAGCAAGAUGGCGGGGGCGGCACUUCAGUCACACCAGCAUUGCACCUACCUGAACUGGAAAGAGAAGAGGAAAAAGAAGACAUUUCAGAUCCUAUGGACCUGAAUCCCUGUAGUGCAACAUACAGCAAUUUAGGACAAUCUAGAGCAGCCAUGAUACCUCCCAAGCAUCCACGGCAGCCUAAGGGAGCUUUGGAUGAUGCCAUCGCCUUUGGCGGGAAAACAGACCAAGACGCACCUAACGCUUUGCAGCCAACACCACCUCCACUGCCAAAGAAAAUGAUCAUAAGAGCCAAUACAGAGCCACUCUCCAAAGACCUCCAAAAGUCCCUGGAAACUACCCUUUGUGUCAUGGCUAAUCCCACCUACGACAUCGACCCCAGCUGGGAUGCCAGCAGUGCUGGCUCCUCGGUCAGCUAUGAACUCAAGGGACUGGAUGCUGAGUCUUAUGACUCCUUGGAGAGACCUUUGCACAAGGAGAGACGUGUGCCCUCAGCAGCAAACAGCAUCUCCAGCCUAACGACUCUCAGUAUUAAGGAUAGGUUUUCCAACAGCACAGAGUCCCUGUCCAGCCGGCGGGGUCCCUCUGGUAGACAGGGCCGGAGUAUCCAGAAGCCACAGAGACAAGCACUUUAUCGAGGACUUGAGAAUCGUGAAGAAGUGGUGGGUAAAAUCCGAAGCCUGCAUACAGAUGCCUUGAAGAAACUGGCUGUUAAAUGUGAAGACCUCUUCAUGGCUGGGCAGAAAGACCAACUCCGUUUUGGGGUAGACAGCUGGUCAGACUUCAGGCUGACCAGUGACAAGCCAUGCUGUGAAGCCGGUGAUGCAGUUUACUAUACAGCUUCAUACGCAAAAGAUCCACUUAAUAACUAUGCAGUCAAGAUCUGUAAGAGCAAAGCUAAAGAAUCACAGCAAUAUUAUCACAGCUUGGCUAUCCGGCAGAGUCUGGCUGUCCACUUUAACAUCCAGCAGGACUGCGGUCACUUCCUUGCUGAAGUUCCUAAGCGCCUGCUUCCCUGGGAGGAUCCUGAUGCCCCCGAAGAGGAAGAGGAUGACAUGGAAGCAACAGAAGAGGUGAAAGAAGCUGAUGGGAAGGGCCCAGACCUGAGCUCUGAAGCAGAGUCGUCCCACAAAGAAAGCCAGGCAGUCGUCAGCAGGAAGCAGAGAAGCCACGUUGUGGUCAUCACCAGAGAGGUUCCCUGUCUCACAGUGGCCGACUUUGUGCGAGACUCCCUGGCACAGCAUGGGAAAAGCCCGGAUGCAUACGAGAGGCAAGUGUGUCUGCUGCUUCUGCAGCUGUGCUCGGGCCUGGAGCACCUCAAACCCUACCAUGUCACCCACUGCGAUCUGCGUCUGGAGAACCUGCUGCUCGUCCACUACCAGCCUGGGGGGCCCACCCAGGGCCUGGGGCCUGCAGAGCCCAGCCCCACCCCGUCCUGUCCCACGAGGCUCAUCGUCAGCAACUUCUCCCAGGCCAAGCAGAAGAGCCAUUUGGUAGAUCCUGAGAUCCUCCGGGACCAGUCCCGCCUCGCCCCGGAGAUCAUCACGGCCACGCAAUAUAAAAAGUGCGACGAGUUCCAGACAGGCAUCCUCAUCUAUGAAAUGCUGCACCUGCCCAACCCCUUCGAUGAGAACCCAGAGCUGAAGGAGAAGGAGUACACUCGGGCCGACCUGCCCCGCAUCCCGCUCCGCUCCCCCUAUUCCCGGGGCCUGCAGCAGCUGGCCAGCUGCCUCCUAAAUCCCAACCCUUCUGAGCGGAUCCUCAUUUCAGAUGCCAAAGGCAUCCUCCAGUGUCUGCUCUGGGGCCCCCGGGAAGAUCUCUUCCAGACUUUCACCGCCUCCCCCAGCCCUGCUCACAGGAACACCCUGCUCCAGAACUGGCUGGACAUCAAGCGCACACUGCUCAUGAUCAAGUUUGCCGAGAAGUCCCUGGACCGGGAGGGUGGCAUCAGCCUAGAGGACUGGCUUUGUGCUCAGUAUCUGGCUUUUGCCACUCCGGACUCUCUCAGCUGUGUUGUGAAAAUCCUGCAGCCCCGUUAAUAUGUCCCAGUCACUGGUCUUACUUCAUGUGUCACCUUCUUCAAGUUGCCCACACGCUUCCCCCUCCUGGUAUUCAUACAGAAUUCAAGGAAAGAAGAGAGACAAGCCUUCCCUCCCCAUCCAAGUCCAGUGAGACGCUGAGUCCAUCUUAACAUUAGGGAAAGUCAGCCGCACAUAUAUGCAGCUGCCAUUCAUGGGAACACCUUCCGCCCUAACUGUCCCCAAGUGCAGGAAAUAUGAAGAUGCAUCCUUGAAGUGACAGCUCCUCUGGUUUGAACUCCAUGAGCUGGGUCAAGUUCCUCCGGAACUCUGUCUUUUUAACAUCAUGUAUUUAUUCUCACUAGCAAUAGACAGAUUUAACCAGUACUUACCAUCAUCUACUAAACUUUCACAACAGACUUUUUUCCUUUAAAGGAUCAAUACUGGGCCCUCUUACCAGGCAGAACUGCCAUCCUUAGCAUCAGCCCAGUUUUGGUUCUGGGAAUUACAUCCUUUGUUCUAGCAGAGGGUAGAAGGACAAGAAGAGAGAAUCCUUCCUUAGGGUCAUGCACCCAUUUGGUUUCCAUUAUCAGUAAGUGUGUGCACUGUGUGGGGGACGGCCCUAAGUCUCCCCUCGUGCUGCCACUGCCUGAAUCUCCUUCACCUUGGUUCUGUCCCCACUUGCCAGUGAAGUUUGGGUGUAUCAGCCCAUGACAGAGCUGACCCAAGGUGGUGUCACCAGGGCCCCAGGAGGGCAGAGUGCAGAUCUUACAAAUAACUAGCAGGACAUAACAAGAUGGCGUUCCUGCACGUGCAGUUCUCUAGGGGCCAUCAGGGGAACAGAGUUUAAAGGACCGUUCUUUGAUUACUGUCAGAGCUGUCAGCCUCGGCAGCCAGGGCUACCAGUACCCAGAUCACAGUUUUCCCCUGAGCCGUAAUUGGCCAGCCUCCUUAUAUCAGCAGCCAGUGUUAACUAGUCUACCAAAUGCUGUAGACAAUAGCUCUGCAUGGAAAUGGCUGUCCUUUGAGCCGUAACAACUCCCUCAAGGGCACAGUGUGGCUGGCUGUUAGGAUGGCCAGAAGGCAGAGGAAGGGGAGAAGGCCGCUGACGAGACCGCCGACCUCUGCCUUGCAAUGCCCACGUUGUCUAGAGAGACUGCCUCCCAGCUGCCCAGGCACAUUGCUCCCGGUGACUCAGAAACACCACUGAGGGCAGCUCAUGGGGAGUUUGGAUUGCUGAGGUGGGUGGCCGAGAGCACCCUGCCUGGGGUCUGUGCUCCUCUCCUAUGGAUACAUGUGCAAUUUUUGUAUGUAUUUUUUUUAGCUGUAUAUACAGUGUUUAUGUUGCAACUUCACCUGAAGCAAUAUCCACAGAAUAUCCCCUUCUUCCCUUGGCACAUAUUUGCGCUGAGACGAGUGUCGCUUCCACCCACAGUGUGUGUGUGUGUGUGUGUGUGUUAUUCAAAACUGUGAGUAUCUGUUCUGUUUACUUCAACUUUGAAAUCCCAAGAGUCACUCAGACAGUGUGAGUGUGUGUACACGUGUAUACCCAUGUGUGUGCACAUGCCUGCUGGAAGUAGAGGCCAGGCCUCUGGGGGAGCAACCUGUGGCAGGGUUGAUAGACACAUCCUCUGCCUGGUGGGCAAGAUGGCCCUGGGCCCCGCAUCAGCUGAUGCAGAGCUUGUUAAAGCCAAGCCUGAUUGUGCAGUAUUAUUUAGAUAGCACGUUAGUGGCCUUUUGGUAAUUUCUAAACUUUUAACAUUAUUAACCACCUUUCAUGUGAUUCACCUAUAUCAAAGAGGAUCAAGAAAGGAGAAGAAUGUAUUUUAUCGUGCUCUUCUUUGCUUCACUUUCUUCUUUUCUGAGAGAAUGGGAGUCAUGAGGCCCAUCUGGGGGAUGCCCUGUCCUCCCGGCCAGCAGGUCAGGACUUCCAGGGAGGAGAGCUGGUUGGCCCACACAGAGUCCUGUCUCCUCUGGCCAGAGACAAGGCUCUGCCCCUGGGAACGGCCACAGGAUGGCGUGCCGCUGCAGGCCAGCAGCCCGCUCUCUCGGUGUCCUGCAACCUGGCCCCACUUUGCCUAGCAGGCUUUAGUAGGUUGCCCUUAGCUAACCCAUGGGCACAUAACCCCCUGCCCAGUUAUACACUGAAGUGGCAGCGCAGAGACCACUACCCUGUCCACCAGCACGCCCCCUCAGCAGCCUGCUCUCCGUGGUUUGCACAUUGAGGCGCUUUCUCAAUGUCACUCUCAUGCUGCCUAGCCCGUGUGAAUUUGAAUGUUGACUAUUUAAUGCAGUUUCAUAUUUAAUGAAGAAUGUUUUCUGGUCCCUUUAUUUGUUUUCUAGGUAUCCUUCACCACCACCACCCUCCUUUUUUUCUCCUGUUUCUGUUUUGGCUUGGAUCCAGUCUUCUUCAUUUUAACUUGAUAGUAUUAUAAGCACGGACACCCUCCACUACCAUUAUCUUAUAGCACUGGCAAACCGAGCACCUUUUCACAUUAGAUGUGUUUAGUACUGUUUUCAUAGUCGGACUUGUUAAGGGCAAAAGAUGAAUGCCAGCUAUUCAGGAAGGGACUCGGGCUGCUCUGAGAUCGGUGGCUGGAUUAAUAGUUCUCUGAGUGAGGGCCAAAGGACGUAAGGUGGGGAAGGACGAAAGUGUUACAGGUGAGAACAGAAUAGGCAAGAUAACCCUAUUUCUAGGCAAGAGGUAUUGUCAGACAGUCCUCCAAACAUUUUUCCAAAAUGAUGAAGUUCAGUCUCAUAUUAACACAAAUAUUUUGCAUUUCCAUUUUAAUUGUAGCAGAAACUUUGAAUUCAUUCAUCAACUGCAAAGAAAU